AUGGCCACGAAAAAAGCUCAUGAUCUGUCAAUCUUGAGCUCCCCGAUACUAACCCGCUGCCCUGCCAACCAGCCCGGCCGCGCCACCUCCGCGGUGCAGAGCCCCGACCGCCGCCCCGUUGCCGUCGCUCUCGCCUGCCCUCCGCAUCCAGCCCGAGCCCGAGAGGGAUGGGAGAGGAAGGCAGAAGAGGGAGAGGAGUCGGAGAGGAGGCGGCCCGGCCGGAGCAGAGAGACGGGGCUGUCGGGGGCAACGGGAGGCCAGGCGGCGUAUCGGCGAAUUGGGCGCUGGCGGGGAGCGGGACUGGCGGCGCUGGCCGCGGUUCUACUCGUGUCUGCAGGCAGAGCUCAGGUGCAGCAGGACCAAAAGGUGGAGACAACGGAGGGCAGCGAAAUCACCAUCAAGUGCUCUCACGCCAACCUACGAAUGGGCGAUUUUAUCCCUUUCUACCGGCAACUCCCGGGCCACUACCGCGAACUCCUCGCACGCGUUGCUAAAGGGUCCAGAGAGCUGCGGGCGCCAGCGGGGCGGCUGUCGUUGUCGGAAGAUGGUCUUUGGACUUGCCUCUUGCUCUCCGAGCCCCGUGCUGGGGACGCGGCGCUGUAUUCCUGCGCCCUGGCGGACACGGAUUCAUUGACACGGUCCACGGUCGUCCUUGCAGAUUUUCUUAGAAAUACACAACUCGGUUAA